AUGCCAUAUUCUUCAGAAUAUGAUAUUCAAUGGCCUCCUAAUAGGUCCGACGUUUUCGUCGUUGUUUGGAAACACUAUGUCUACUUGUUCCGACUGGAACAAGCUUCAUCUGCAUCAGUGGAUUCAAACAGUUUUAUUAUUGGUUCAAAGCUCAGAUUUCUGCUUUCCGCUCUGAAUAUUUGGAGUAACAAUGUAUCCCCACAAUGUGUAGCUUGGGUAUCCAGUAGCAAUAAACCAAACCUCGACGUAGUCCCAAAUCAUCUGAUUGCAAUCACCCAUAACGUUGGGUGUGUCAAACUCAUGGGGCUCCCCAAUUGUAAUAUCGAGGAAGACAGAUUCGGUUUACAAAAUAAAGAACUAACACCUAGAUUUUCCAGAAACACUGCUUUUCUUGUUUGGAAUCCUUGGAAACGUAACUUGCUAGCCCAGGGUUUUGACAGACCUCGAAACAGCAGAGAACCUUCUGUACUGAUAUGGGAUGUGACGAAAUACACUGGGUCGCGGCAUCCCAACGUGAAGUCUACAGAUCGAGGUUCAGUUUGUGCAAAUGACCUCCAUACGCAUACAUAUUCACUCCCAUUUGCAAUAAAUGGGUCAGACUAUAGUGUACCAGAUACUCAAGCUACGUCAUCACUUGCUUCCGUAUAUUCCUCAGUUUCGGAAAAAGAAUGGAUAUCUAAUACAACUACAUGUGAUAAACCUUUGUGUGAUUUAGGCAUUCAAGAUACUGCAUCAUUUGCGUGGCUUUCUAAAAGUUCAUUUAUUGCUGGCAUGUCAGGAACCUACCUGAAAGUGUUUGACUUAUCUGAUCCGUCAAAAGUUUGUCAAAUAACUACAACUAGGGCAGUCUAUGGUUUGACAGUUGAUCCCUUAUGCAGUAAACGUUUCGCUUCAUUCUGUGAGCGUCAGGUUUCAUUAUGGAGAUUGGAUAAUUUAGAAAAGCCUGUUUAUACAUUUAUGGAGUCUGGUGAUGUUCUGCAGAUCAAGUGGAGUCCUUCAAGAGAAGCUUGGCUAGGAGUUCUGGUAACAGAUUCUUGUACAGUUAAAUUGUACGACACAUACCCUAUGUUUUGUCAGUCUAUAGAAGAACCUGAACAGAUUCCGCUAGAAAGAUUACUAUUUCCGUCCAGUCGAUCAAAUGUUAACCUGGUGGCAUUCAGUUGGCAUCCAUCAAAUGUAAACUGUCUACUAACUUUGAAUCGUGAUGGUUGUUUAAAUGUAGCUCAACUUGUUGAACGUCCAGCCAUUGGAUGGUCAGCUAAUCAAACGUUAGUAUGGUCAUAUACUCGUGAUUGGACUGCAUUCAAUUUAACAGGAAUUGUUAGCAGUAAUCUACAAACACUAAUGGAAUUUUUACAUGCAGUUAAUGAAAACAAACAAUCAGAGAAUUCUAUUAAUAAUAGUAAUACUACAUAUAGUCUCUCAAAUGCACAAUAUCUUGCAAAUUGUCAGAAUAUUAAAACAAAGAUUAUCAUAACGAUAAUAUUAAUGGUAAUAAGUAUUGCCAUGAAAAACAAACAGCACUUCUUGUUCACUUGA